CACACGUCACGGCAGUAUAUAGGCUACCAGACGCUCCAGCGAAUGUCGUCGCUGUCAUUUGCCUUGUCUGGAUCUCGUGGUGAAGAUGGUAUCCACGGGCAACCGGCAGCAAUGCCAGAUCAUUACUGCCACCGCGGCUCUCUUUCUGGCAGUCGCUGGGAUUCUUCUGCUCGUCCUGCCCUCUGAAGACAUCAAAGGGUCAACAGGUUUUAUGUAUGGAAUAGUUCUGGAUGCCGGAUCCUCACAUACGUCCAUGUUCAUCUACAAAUGGCCAGCAGAUAAGCAGAACGGCACUGGCAUUGUCAGUCAGCACAGCGAGUGCCAUGCAAAGGGAGGUGGGAUCUCAAGUUAUGCUGGUGACAAAGGAGGAGCAGCUCGAAGCCUUAAGGAAUGCAUGGAUAAAGCCAUGAGGGAGAUCCCAACAGUUAGACACAAACACACUCCUCUGUAUCUCGGGGCCACAGCUGGCAUGAGACUACUGAAUAUUUCUAAACCCAAAGAGUCAGCUGAGGUUUUGACGGAAGUGGAAGAAAAACUAAAGCGCUACCCGUUCAGCUUUAAAGGAGCCUCCAUCUUAACUGGACAAGAGGAGGGAGCGUAUGGAUGGAUCACAGUCAACUACCUGCUGGAGAACUACAUUAAGUAUGGUUUUGUGGGUCGAUGGAUUUCCCCAGGCAGAGAUACAGUUGGUGCCCUGGACUUUGGUGGAGCGUCUACUCAGAUUACCUUUGUGACGAAACAGACCGUGGAGAACAAGGACAACCUGAUGAAACUGCGGCUGUAUGGGCGAGACUACCAGAUCUACACUCACAGUUUUCUGUGUUAUGGACGAGAUCAGGUUUUGCUCCGACUGCUGGCACAUCUGAUCACGACUCAGGGUUCAGACACAUCUAUAGUCCACCCCUGUUAUCCUGCAGAUUACAACAGCUCUAUAAAGCUGGGCAGUGUGUUUGAUACUCCAUGUGUUAAAAGACAAACUCCUUAUAAACCUGAUGAUGAGCUGCAAAUAAAAGGCACCGGAAACUACAAUCAGUGUCUUGGAAAUAUUUCUGAACUCUUCUCUUUUAGCAACUGCUGUUAUUCCAGAUGCUCUUUUGAUGGAGUCUUUCAGCCCAACAUUACUGGAAACUUCAUGGCAUUUUCAGCAUUUUUCUACACCCAUUCUUUUCUUCAGGAAGCCACAGGCAUCAAAAUUUGGACUCCAGCUCAUUUAGAGGACGCUGCUCGUGUGAUCUGCAACAUGAGCUUGCAGGAGAUGGGGAGGAAGGUUCAGCAUAAUGAAAGCCGUCUGAAGGACUACUGUGCUGUCUCUGUGUUUAUGCGGGCGCUCCUGGUCAAUGGAUACAGUUUCAACGAUCGCUCCUUCCCACACAUCUCCUUUCAGAAGAAGGCAGAAGACACGUCUGUCGGCUGGUCCCUCGGCUACAUGCUAAGCCAAAGCAACCUGCUGCCUGCUGAAAACGUUGCACUUAGGAAAUCACUGCGCUCAGGAGCCUGGAGUUUUCUCAUCUUCCUCUUUUCCAUCCUCCUUACCUCAGCACUAAUCUUUCUGGUUCGAGCGAUCUGCAAUAAAAACACAGGUGAUGUCGUUUGAUAAUGUGCUAUAUUUGUACUUAUGUACCGUUUAUCAUUAUACACAGUCCUUGGUGAGGAUUCUUCCAUUUACAGUACUCGGAAAACAACAAGGAUGCAUAAAAACAUUUCAUCAAUAACCCAUUUUUUAAGAAGCACAUUUUAUAUGUUUUAUAGUUUUAUAAGAGACAGAAAACAGGUCAUGCUUUUAUUAGUGCUCAUUUUUUUGUUUGAUUCAUCUCACACCUGGUCACUUCAUGCGCUUUCUCUGAUCAGAUAGCUAUGUGAUUUGAAGAAUCCAUUUAUAUUUGCCCACAUAAAUGUAUCUCCGCUAAACGAAUAUAUCCAAUAUUUAAAUCCCACGCAAUAUGCCAGUGUUUCUCAACCACGUUCCUGGAGGACCACCAACACUGCAUGUUUUGAAUGUCUCCUUUGUCCGUCACACCCAUUACCGGUCCUUCAGUCUCUGCUAAUGAGCAGAUUAUCUGAAUCAGGUGUGUUUUUUUAAGGAGACAUGGAAAAUGUGCAGAGCUGCUGGUUCUCCAGAAACGUGGUUGAGAAACAUUGCUAUAUGCAAAUAUAACUAGGUUACCUUGAUUAAAGCAUAAGAUACACUGCAUUUAUAUACAUAC